AUGACACUCGCUUCCAAAGAUUAUCUGCGGAUGGGCGUGCCCAGCGCCCGGAGGCACUCGCAUGCUGGACCUGUGGACCACUAUCAUCAUCUGAAGCUGGAAACGCACUUUGAACUCGGCCCUUUGCCCAUCGUGAUUGCCAGCGUCCACUCGGUAUCCGCCCAGGGCGUACAUACUACCACCAUCUUCACAGCUCUGGCUGUGGAUCAUCCCAUGGCGCUCCUCGGCCUGGACUGGGCUACUAUCCAGAUUGACGGAGGCUUUGAUCGCACCGCUGGCGUCCCGGACUGUGAUCUAGCGCCGAUCUUUGCGAGCACAGGAGCUGUCGUAGAAUCGAUAGGAAGGACAAUCUUCCAUUGUCUCGGUGGCGCGCCUUACGGCUUCUGGCGUCUCGUCAAUGGGCAAAUGGAGCCGUACGAGCCGCCCUUCAUCGUCGACAAGAUCAAGAUGGUGCCAGGUCCUGCCCUUGCUGCGCACAACGUUGCCACCCUUUUCAAGCUCGGAGACGUCGUGGCGUAUAUCCUGGAUCACCAAAACCAGUUCUACGAGCUUGCCGAGCACAUCUUUGUGGCGGAACGCGUCGUUCUCCUCGAUUGGCGCAGCAUCACCUCCUUGUGUGCUUUGCUAGCCAAGGACCGAACCACCAUCGAAGCGCUCGGUGCUGAACUGCUGGACGCGGACGACUGGGAUUUCGUCGACACGAUUGUGAUCAUCCUAGAGCCGCUUCGCGUCUUUAUGGAAAAGUACGAGCGCAUCACCGACAUACCUUCUUCCAUCCUCGCGCCUGAUCUCUUCAUUGCCUUGGCAGACGUCCACGACGCUCGCUAUACCAAUCCGCGGCUCGAGGGGAUCGGCAUCGCACUCGACAUCUUGCACCAUGCCUUGUUUGAGCAGCGAUUCGGGCCAAUCAUCGCUCAAGUAUGGGACUACAAAUGGCAGGAAACGGAGCGACUCAUGGGCACCGUCAAGCGCAUUGCCACAUCCAUCCAAUACCUCGCCACUGGCUCUCCAUCCCUAAUCGCCACAGGCCUCCCCGAAGUCGCUGCUGUACUCGCCUCCACCAACGGCUUCUGCACUGAGAUCCUCGAGAUCGGCCGGGACUACAAUGGCGCAGAGAGGCGAGAGGAGUACGAGGUCAGCAGCGUUGAUGAUCACGGAGGAGAGCUUGUGCGGCUCCUCCGGAAUGUCAACGCUGCUUACCUGGAUCUUUACCGCACAGUGGAGCCGGAUUUGUCUUACGAGGCCAUUCAAAACCUCCACUUUCGGUCCAAGAACGCGUACGAUCUGAUCCAGGCGCUCGAUCGGUACCUCAGGAUGCUCGCUGGUCAGGACGUCAGCCAGUCGAGCAUCAACGCCAAGGUCGAGCUGGCGGUCGAAAAGCGCAUCCAGGCGCUCCGGGGCGCACUAGUUGCGGAAGUGACGGACAAGGUGAUGCGUGAGAUCGGAAGGGGGUCCGGAGGAACCUAG